ACGUUGCCGCUAUGCUUCUUCUUCUUGAAGCUCUCAGUGUUCUUUCCUUUCAAGUAUCGAGCUGCUAGUGGGGAGAGUGCUAUUGCAGGGUAAACUGUUGUCUGACCAGCUUUAGUUCACACACACACACAGAGUUCUCCCCAACCACCACCACCAUGCCACAGAACGAGCACAUUGAGUUGUUCCAGAAGCGCUAUGGCUUUCGCAUGGAUUAUCAAGAAAGGCAGCGAAAGAAGAAGGCUAGGGAGCACAAACUGCAAUCGAAGAUGGCCCAGAAGCUGAUUGGUAUCAAGGGCAAGAUCUUUGCCAAGAAGCGCUACUCUGAAAAGGUGCAACUCAAGAGGACCAUCAAGGCACAUGAAGAAAAGAAGACUCGCAAGAAGGAAGAUGGAAAGGUGCCUGAAGGAGCCAUGCCUGCUUACCUGCUGGAUCGUGAGAACACAUCACAAGCCAAACUGCUGUCUUCUAUGGUGAAGCAGAAGCGCAAGGAGAAGGCUGGCAAAUGGGAUGUUCCUCUACCCAAAGUUCGUGCCCAGUCAGAAGCUGAAGUGUUCCGUGUCUUGAAGACGGGCAAGAGCCGCAGAAAGGGCUGGAAGAGGCUGGUGACCAAAGUUUGCUUCGUCGGAGAAGGUUUCACUCGUAAGCCGCCCAAGUACGAGCGUUUCGUCCGACCCAUGGCAUUGCGGUUCAAGAAGGCUCACGUCACACAUCCAGAAUUGAAAGCUACAUUUUGUCUCCCGAUUGUUGGUGUCAAGAAGAAUCCCUCCUCUCCAAUGUACACAUCUCUGGGUGUCAUAACAAAGGGAACCAUCAUCGAAGUCAAUGUUUCUGAACUCGGUCUCGUCACUCAGGGUGGCAAAGUUGUGUGGGGCAAAUAUGCCCAAGUGACCAAUAAUCCUGAAAACGACGGAUGUAUCAACGCCAUUUUGCUCGUUUGAACAUAAUACACACGAAUUUUCGUUUA